GUGCGGUGGGGAGAGCCUGGGGCAGGGAGACCGGGAGCCGCCGGGGGGCUGCGAUGCUCAGUCCGGCGCCAUGAAGGAGUGCGAGUACCGGCAGAUCGCCCUGGGCCCGGCCUCAGCCUCGGGCUCGGGCUCGGCCUCGGGUCCGGGCCCUGCGGGCGGGAAGCGGCCCCUCCGCAGGAAGUGGGAGGCGUUCCCGGGCCGGAACCGCUUCUGCUGUAACGGGCGCCUGAUGAGCGGCCGCCUGAGCGGCGCCUUCUACCUGACUCUGGGCCUCAUCCUCGUCACCAGCGGCCUCUUCUUUGCCUUUGACUGUCCUUACCUGACACGGCACCUGACUCUCGCCAUCCCGAUCAUCGCUGGCUUCCUCUUCCUGUUUGUGGUCAGCGCCUUACUUCAUACCAGCCUCAGUGACCCCGGCAUUCUGCCCCGCGCCACACCCGAGGAGGCAGCUCACCUGGAGAGACAGAUAGAUAACUCCGGGGGAUCCAGUUACCGGCCGCCACGCACCAGAGAGGUGCUGAUCAACGGGCAGCCCGUCAAACUCAAGUAUUGUUUCAGUUGCAAAAUGUUUCGGCCACCACGCACUUCACACUGCAGUUUGUGUGACAACUGUGUGGAGCGAUUUGACCACCACUGCCCCUGGGUUGGAAACUGUGUGGGGAAACGGAAUUACAGAUUCUUUUACAUGUUUCUACUCUCGCUCUCAUUCCUCACCGCUUUCAUCUUUGCAUGUGUGAUAACACACCUCACGCUGAGAUCUCAAAGAAUUGGGUUGUUAAAUGUCCUCCAGGAAUCUCCAGCCAGUGCCCUCGAGCUGUUGAUCUGCUUUUUUUCUGUCUGGUCCAUUCUCGGUCUUUCUGGCUUCCACACAUACCUCGUGGCUUCCAAUCUGACAACCAAUGAAGAUAUUAAAGGCUCUUGGACCACAAAGCGAGGCUGUGAGGAGACUGGUAACCCAUAUAGCUACAACAGCGCUCUCACCAACUGCUGUGCCGUGCUGUGUGGCCCCAUGCCACCCAGUUUAAUUGACAGGCGAGGCUACCUGGAGAUGGACACUGAGCAACAGCCUGGACACAAGUGCAGCCCAGCAUCGCAGGGAACUGGAGCAGAAGCUAGCCUGUGUGACCAGGGCCACUGUGGUGUACAAGGCGCUAAGUGGCUUUUGCAGACCGAUCUGUGUGCACUGAAUCCAAUCAAACCUGAUCCAGAGAAAGCGGACAGCUCCCAGUCUCCGAGCCCUCGCUCUCAAAGGAAAGGUACGGAACCGCUGAAACUGAAAGCAUAGACUCCCAGCCUGUUAGCAUUGCUGGAGUCUUCCCGGCCCUUCCCAGCAGUGCGGUGGGGGUCUGUCACUCACAAGCUGCCUGAUGUGAUGCCGUCCAGUCUUGUGUGCCGGGAGCAGUAGCUGCUGCACAGGCGGAGUUUCUGACUGUUGGACGUGAAGGUGACCAGUGCCGUAGAGGAAAGCUGCAGAGGGAGCAGUGUGGCACCAAGUGAACCAUUCAGACACAGAAUAUUCAUCUGGCAGGUGCAACAGCUUUGUUCUGCCUGAUUCUAAUAAUCUAAUGAAUAUGUAGUUCCUUUCCUGACUCAGGCUGCAAUAAUACAGGCACCAUCACCCUGUUCUGCACCUGGGUGACUGCUUCACCCUGUCAGAGAAGGUGUGUAUCUGCCACAGUGGGUAUCUGCAGGGGGAACUGAAAUGAGAGUGGUCAGAACACGGUACGGGUAAUAAUCAACGCUUCUUACGCACUAACGUUUAACAGGUUUAGAGAUGCUGUCAUUUAUUAUCCGAACAACAUUAUCUUAAACUUCCUGUGUUCCACACAAAGUCUUUUAGCAUCAGUAAAGCAGGAAAUUAGGAAGCUGGUGGCAGGGGCUGGUACUGUGUGCUAUUGCCAGAACCCAGGCGUGUAGAUUUGUUUGUGGCUCUGAAUUGUUCAGAAGCGUUCCAGGACACCUCACCGGUACCUGUCUGACCUGAGCUGGUUUGGCACCUUGCAGCGGAAAGUGUGUUAGAUUUAUUCUGUGAAAGUGACAUUUUAGUAAGCGAGGAAGAGAGUGGCAGUGAAACCUUUACUUUAAUGUCACAGUAUGAUCAUUAUUCACCAAUACUGAUUUGUAUAGUUUGUUGCUUCAGGUGUUAUAUAAAGUGCCUUCUGCAACUGCUUUGUAGAAAUCAAAUGCCUCUGUUCACACAUACUGUCAUGUACCCACAGCAAUAAAUAAAUUAAUUACAGGGAA